GUAUUAUUUGGCUAUGAGUGCUGCACCAGGAAAACUGAAAGUUUACAAUGUUGGUUCAAUAUCUCAAAUGUAUAUUAGUGAAUUGUAUCAUUGAGGAUUUGGAAAAAGGAGAUUCUGUCCCAGUGAUGCUUAAUAUGAAAGUCUUGGGAUUAUAAAUCUGUUUUUCAAAUGUAUGUUACAUUAAUAAACAAUAUAGUCAGCAUGACUGUGAACGAUUUGGGGACGUUCGUAAAAUAAAAAGUUACCUAAAAUUUUCAGCAUAUUAUCUCAUUUCAACUUAUCGACUUUGACAAAUGGAAUGUGCCCGCGUGUACCUCUAUAAUUCCUGAGGUGAAUUAAGUUUGUUGUUGAGGAGCGCGGGCAUUAUGAACCGCUACGUGGUGCUGCAGCAACUCGGAGACGGCACGUAUGGGUCGGUGGUGCUGGCGCAGCGGCGCGACAACGGCGAGAAGGUCGCUAUUAAACGUAUGAAAAGAAAGUACUACUCGUGGGACGAGGCCAUGAACUUGCGUGAGGUUAAGUCGUUAAAAAAACUAAAUCAUGCAAACAUCGUCAAGCUACGUGAAGUGAUUCGGGAGAAUGACACUCUAUAUUUUGUGUUCGAGUACAUGCGUGGUAACUUAUACCAACUAAUACGAGACGCAGAACGUCCAUUCCCAGAGCCGGUCCUGCGAAAUAUGCUAUAUCAGGUGUUGCAGGGGUUGGCGCAUAUGCACCGCCAUGGUUUCUUUCAUCGCGAUCUUAAACCGGAGAAUCUGUUGUGCGCCGGUCCAGAACUCGUGAAAAUUGCGGACUUAGGCCUAGCGCGUGAGGUGCGUUCACGGCCGCCGUACACCGACUACGUUUCCACUCGUUGGUAUCGCGCUCCUGAAGUUCUCCUGCACGACACACGCUAUGGAGCCCCAAUUGACCUGUGGGCGCUCGGUUGUAUCGCCGCGGAGCUAUACACGUGUCGUCCUUUAUUUCCCGGUAACUCUGAGAUAGAUCAGUUGCACAAGAUAUGCGCAGUGCUCGGCACACCUGACCGCGACGAGUGGCCCGAAGGGUACGCCUUGGCAGAUGCGUUGCGUUUUCGGUUUCCAACGUGCACCGGAGUGGCGAUGUCGCGGGUGGUACCCAGCGCGUCUCCACCGGCCCUCGCGCUCCUCACUGCGCUACUGCGAUAUCCUCCACGAGACCGACCCACCGCGCCUCAGGCCUUACGAUUUCCUUAUUUUGCGAUCGGAGCCGCUCUGAUUCUUCCCCUGCCGGCAUCCCGAGCUAGAAGGAGCAGUAGAAGUGAAUUGGAGAAUGCUCCUCCGAUGGGUCUGGUGCAGGCGCCGGCGCCGCCGCAACCGCCGCCUGCCGUCGUAGCGCCCGUCAUACCGGUCGUGGUGGCGGCGCAUCGCGACAGAUUCGCCGAUAUUCUCGGGGGCGAGGUGGUGCACGAGGCGGGCGCGGCGGAGGCGCUGCAGGCGGGCGGGCGGCGGGAGGUGCGGGAGGUGCGGGAGGUGCGCGCGGGGGGUCGCAGCGUGCUGGCGGCGCUGCAGGCGGCCGCGCCCCCCGCGCCCGCAGCCCCCGCCGCCGCCGCCGCCGCCGCCGCCGCCUACCUGGGCGCCUCGCGGUACGUCGCCGGCGGCCGCAUCGACACCUCGCUGUUCCGCCCGCUACCACUUCGAACGCAUCGAGGUAAUUAUAAAGAAACGGCAGCAGUGGGCAGCGGCGUGUCCCGAGUAGAUUGGGCGGCUAAAUAUUUACGUUGAGUUGCUAGUAUCACAGAUAA